AAGAAAAAGAAGCAGCAAGUUUGAUGUCGUGUUCGGAAACGCCGCAGAACCAGAGCAACACAAAUCACAGAAUCGGUAGCAAAACUCGGAAAACCAGAUUCCACUGAAUUUGGUGCUGCUCGUACGCCAUUGCAUCGGAUAGAGCGUAAACACAGGAUCUCAGGAACGAGGAUGGGCAUGAUGGAUAGUUUGGGUUUGAGCGGGCUCGCUGGUGGCGUGCAGCGGAUGGACAAGCGACAGUUCUUGUUCCAAAUGCUCAGCUUCGGCAUGAUCGUGUCGUCCGCACUGAUGAUCUGGAAGGGGCUGAUGGUGGUGACCGGGAGCGAAUCGCCGAUUGUUGUCGUGCUGAGCGGUAGCAUGGAACCGGCUUUCCACCGUGGCGACCUGCUGUUCCUCACAAACCAGGACGAACCGGUGCGCGUUGGCGAGAUUGUGGUGUUUAAGAUCGAGGGCCGCGACAUACCGAUCGUCCAUCGGGUGAUUAAGCUGCACGAAAAGAGCAACGGUACGGUGAAAUUCCUCACGAAGGGCGACAACAACUCCGUUGAUGAUCGGGGCCUGUACGCUCCGGGCCAGCUGUGGCUCACCAAGAAAGACAUCGUUGGUCGGGCAAGAGGGUUCCUGCCGUACGUGGGGAUGAUUACGAUCUACAUGAACGAGUAUCCGAAGCUCAAAUACGGUAUUCUGGGACUGCUAGCGUUAUAUGUGCUUGUGCAUAGAGAAUAAGGCAGCUGCGGCACCAUACUUCCUUUCGACACUGUCGCGAUCCGAUUCAGCGCCAGCCGGUUGCGGAUGCGUUCGAUCCUCGAUGAUGCAUCAUUAUGUUGUGUUAAAUUGUUCCAGCUCUACAGACGCUCCCACGUAGCGGUCGGUGCAUUUUCGGAGUUUCAUGUGUAAGAAAACAGUGACAACUCAGUUUGGUAUCUCGCACGAAAAAGAAAAAGGAAAAAUAGGGUGGUAAAUAAAAUAAAUUAACAUAAAACAAACACUUAA